AUGUCCACCCUCGCCAAGGCCUCCGGCAUCCUCAAGUCGGUGGACUAUGAAGUGUUUGGCCGGGUGCAGGGUGUUUGUUUCAGAAUGUACACAGAAGAUGAAGCUAGGAAAAUGGGAGUAGUUGGCUGGGUUAAAAAUACCAGACAAGGGACUGUUACUGGCCAAGUUCAGGGCCCAGAAGAUAAAGUAAAUGCAAUGAAGGCCUGGCUGAGUAAAGUUGGAAGUCCCAGUUCUCGCAUAGACCGAACCAACUUUUUUAAUGAGAAGGAAAUCUCCAGACUUGAUUUCUCAGGAUUUAGCACUAGAUACUAAUGGAGGAAGAAAUCUUUAAGCACAAAAUUAUAAUGCUUCAGCUGCAUAGUAAUUUCUGUGCCUCCAUAAAAUAGCAUGACAGCACUUUUUUUGAUGUCUGCUUCAUACUAAAGUAUAAAAAUACCCCUUUUACAUAAUGUAGGACUGUCAGUUACUGUAUUAGAAAUUUCAUAAUGUAAAUCUUUACCAACAUUGCCAAUUUAUAUAUAAUUUACUUAGAAGGAAGUAUAAAAAAAUCAAUAAAGAUAUACAACUGCAAAAUCAGCAAAUACUAGUGCACAGUGAGAUUUGUAAGACAUGAUCAUACAGAACCUAGUCUUUGCCCAAUAAAAUAUGAUUUAUAUAUAUUAAAAAACAAAUAGAAAACAACUUAAAUUUCACUGUGACAUAAUUAAAAAUGUUUAAAUACUUUAAGUAAUCUUUAAACAGGAUCACAGCAAUGUUCAGUAGUAUAUUCUAUAUGCUAUGAAUUGUAAAGUUCUCUU